AUGGCUGUUUUCCGGCUGUCUCUGCUGCUGCUGCUGCAUGUGGGGUUUGUGAUCGGAUCCAACCACAAAGACGCGCAAUGGUCAAAUAAUACGCACGGCGCACAGACGCACCGCGGGCAUCUGGCGCAUCUCCAUCUCCAUCUCCAUCUCCGUGCGCCUCAGCAUCCUCUGCCGCAGAAGACAGAGGAGCGUCUCCCCCGGGUGGUCACUGCUUUCCUGCACACGGGAGACUCGACCACCUUGAAGCAUGCCAACUGCUCCAGGAGGUACGAGCUCUCCUCUCUGCGGGGGAGGUCUCAUGCCAGCCCGCAUCCCUCCAUGGGCAGCGUGCUGGACACUGUGCUGCACGCCACAAACUUCCUCAACAUGAUCCUGCAAGCCAACAGGUCCAGGGAGCUGAGUCUCCGGAGAGACAUCGAGUGGUACCAUGCCUUAGUCAGGAGCAUCCUGGAGGGGGAUGCCAAGAUCCACCGGGCGGUCGUCACUUUCAGCCCGGACUCGUCUGUCUCUGGGCCCUCGGUGCUCCUCCAGGCCACCAGGGCCGGUGGGGAGAUAGUCCUCCAAGACCUCUCCAGCGUGGCGCACCACCAUCUGCACAACCGCACGGUGGACACGGAGUGGUACCACGAUGUCAAAGACAGGAAGAAGCCCAACUUCCAUAAGAGGGUGCUGAGCCAAGAUGAUAGAUCACUUGACAGCUCUUUGGAAAGAGGGGAGAGUUUCAUCCCGGACAGGACGCAUGUCAAAUGGUCCUCGCCCUACCUGGAGUGUGAGAAUGGGAAUUUUGUUCCCCGUUGGCUCCUGACCUUAUCGGCUGCCUUCUAUGGCCUGAAGCCCAACCUGGCUCCUGAAUUCAGGGGCGUGGUGCGAGUCGACAUCAAUCUGCAGGAUGUUGAUAUCGACCAGUGCUCCACUGACGGCUGGUUUGCUGGAACCCAUCGAUGCAACCUGACCACUAUGGAGUGUCUGCCGCUCCAUGGUCACGGAUUUGUCUUAGACAAGUACACGUGCCGCUGCAAGACAGGAUUCUACCACCCCAACAGAGUGGCUGUCAACGGCUUCACAAGGAUGGGGAAAAAGGGAAAAUCUGCAAACAGCGGUCCCAAUGCGGACGAGGGUUCCUCCAGCGACUGCAUGCCGUGUCAGGAGGGCUGCGCCUUCUGCAAGGACGAAACCCCCUGUGUGGCCCGAGAGGACGGCGCCCUGCGAUUGGCCGUGGUCUCCUUCCAGUGCCUCUGCAUGCUAAUUGUCUUCGUUAGCAUGGUACUCAUCUACCACUUUCGCAGGAACAAGAGUAUCAGAGCAUCAGGUUUAGUCCUACUGGAGGCCAUCCUGUGUGGAGCUCUGCUUCUCUACUUUCCGGUCGGGAUUCUCUAUUUCCAGCCGAGUGUUUUCCGCUGCAUCUUGCUGCGAUGGGUUCGUCUGCUGGGUUUCGCUACCGUCUACGGGACACUGACUCUGAAGUUGUACAGGGUGCUGAAGGUGUUCCUGUCCCGUACGGCCCAGAGGAUCCCCUACAUGACCAGCUGGCGAGUGUUGCGACUGCUGGGCAUCAUCCUGCUCAUCGUCUGCUGGUUCCUGGUGGCUUGGACGUCUGCCGUCUGUCAGAACCCGGACAGGAAGUUGGCUCUCAUCGACGUGGGCUACACGCCAGACGGGCUGCAGUUCAGCAUGUGCCUGCUGGAUCGCUGGGACUACAUGAUGGCCGUCGCUGAGUUCCUCUUCCUGCUGUGGGCGGUGUACCUGUGUUACGCCGUGAGGACGGUGCCGUCGGCGUUCCACGAGCCUCGCUACAUGGCCAUCGCCGUUCACAACGAGCUCGUCCUGACGGGGAUAUUCUACGUCAUCAGGUUCAUUCUCGCUCCGGAGCUCCAUCCAGACUGGAUGCUGCUGCUGUUCUUCACCCACACCCACCUAACUGUAACAGUAACACUGGGUCUGCUGCUCAUCCCUAAGUUCCUGUUUGCCGGCACCCACAUGAGAGACGAUAUUGCCUCUGAGGCCUACGAGGAUGAGCUGGACAUGGGUCGCUCCGGGUCGUACCUCAACAGCAGCAUCACAUCGGCCUGGAGCGAGCACAGUCUGGAUCCCGAGGACAUUCGGACACCAGACGAAACCGGCCAUCUCAGUUCUAUUAAUGGCUGUGGCGUAAGGUCUUGCGACAGUCUUUGGGAAAAACGUACCAACGAGGAGCUGAAGAAACUCUACUCCCAGCUGGAGAUUUACAAGAGGAAGAAGAUGCUGGCAAACAACCCUCACCUCCAGAAGAAGCGGAGCUCCAAGAAAGGGCUGGGUCGCUCGCUGAUGAGGCGCAUAACCGAGAUUCCAGAGUCGGUGCACCGGCAGUGCAGCCGCGAGGACAAGGAGGCCGGCGAACACGGCAGCAACCGCAACAGCAUCUGCAUGUUGAAGAAGAACCCCUUCGAUCCGUCUCACCAAUCGAAGCCGGCGAAGGAGGAAACGCUCAAGAACAAGGUCUUCUCCCUCAAGAAGUCCCACAGCAGCUACGACCACGUCCGCGACCAGAGCGAAGACUCCAACAGCUCGGCGACGGACAAGAUGGAGGCGACGCCGGCUGAAGGAUCCCUCCUGGAUACGCUCAUGGGCAAGAAACUGGUCAAGAAGCAUUCCAGCGAGAAUAUGAGCGCCCCUAGUGAAUCUACGGAAUCAGUCCCUUUGGUCUGCAAGUCAGCCAGCGCCCACAACCUCAGCGCGGACAAGAAACCGAUUCACCCGCGACCCUCCAUGCUGCAGAAGUCCCUCAGUGUCAUCGCCAGCGCCAAAGAGAAGACUUUGGGCUUGACGGGAAAGAACCAGAGCACGGAGGAAAGCAAUAAGAAGAGUCAGCCAAAGAGCAAAGACACGAAGGUCAACGCAGAGCUGGAAAACGAGUGCCAACCCAAGAUGAUCAUCAGCCAGUCGGUGGAGUACAAACAGACCGCGGCGUUAGGCAGGAUCAUGAAACAGCCGGUGAGCAGCAGCCAGCCUUCAAUCUGCUCCGAUCCGGUCAGCGGGAAAGACCUCUACGAUCUCUCCGAAGUGUGUCCCUGGGAGGUGGAGGAUGUCCCGACUCCGUCCGAAAACAAGGUCCAAAAGCACGUAUCCAUCGCGCCGAAGGAAACCACGACGGUCCACGGAGGCAGCACCACCAAAGGAGGCAAAUCUCAGAAGCAGAAAGCUUCCGAUCAAUCUCCAUCCAGUGGCAGGCCUACGAAGGAAAGUCAGAAGACGACCGCGGUUCGAGCAGAUGUUUGUCCGUGGGAAGAUGGAGGUGAAAGUCAAGGCCAAGUGGAAAGCUCGAAUCAACAAACAUACAGUCAGGCCAGCAAACCUGCCAAAACCCAGCAGCCUAAUUCUACAACAGAGGGCUCCAAAACACAUCGGGUAGAGGUUUGUCCGUGGGACUUCGAAGAGCCCCAAAAGACAACAGAGGAGGCCCGUUCGCCAGAUGUGACAACACAAAGAAAAGGCCCCUCUCCUGGUGAUGGGAAAGGUAGAAGUAUCCUUUCAGAUCCAUCCAAAACAGGAGGCGCGCUCCAGCCGCCGUCUUCAAAAGUUGAUGUGUGCCCCUGGGACUACGACAGCGCCGCCGUAUCUCCCAGUUCAGAGCGGACACCCAGUCCCUCUCGAGCACCCCAAACCAAGGAAUCCCCAUCAAAAAAGAAGGGCACCUGUUCCACGAGAACAGUCGAGAAAGAGAAAUCAAAAGACGCUGACGAUGAGAAAAGUAGAACAAAAGCAAAGGACAAGAGUAAAUCUGCAGAGAAAAACGUGAGCCAACAAAAGAUGGCUGAGGUUUGCCCGUGGGACGUGGAAAGUCAACAGGAAGUGCCGCUGGUAGAAAAAAGGAAAAGCGCUAAUGUCGGGGCGGCCAAAGCAAAACCGACCGACGUCUGUCCGUGGGAUUUUGAUGAUAUGUCGGAUAAAAAAGGUACAGACAAAAGUGCUUCUGCGGUGAGCAAUCCGAAUCCUAUAGGCGGAGCUGCAGGUGCCGGCCAAAAGGCGGAUGUUUGUCCCUGGGACUUUGAGGAUAGCACAUCGAGCAAGAAGGCAUGA